AUGCCCCCUAUUCGAGGCGGACUCAGCGAGCGCCCGCGUGUGAUUCUGUACCACCAAACACUGAUUCCAAGCGGGGCCCCGUAUGUCUCCAUGCUCCCACUCCUCGAACACAACACCGGGAUAACUCAUGUUAUUCUCGCGGCAGUUCACCUGAACGGUGAACCAGGCGAUAUCACUCUCAACGAUGACCCGCCUGACAACGCCAAGUUCAACCCACUGUGGGCGGAAGUGCCCCUCAUGCAAGAAAAGGGCGUGAAAGUGAUGUGCAUGUUAGGCGGUGCCGCCCCGGGCUCCUUCACGCGUCUCGACGGCAGCCAGACGCAAUUCGAACAAUUUUACUAUCCACUCCUAACCAUGAUCCGUCGUUACGGCCUGGACGGAAUCGAUCUCGAUGUAGAAGAAACCAUGUCUUUGCAAGGCAUCAUCCGACUCAUCGACCGAUUGAAGGCAGACCUGGGCGAAGCAUUCAUCAUCACUCUCGCCCCCGUCGCAGCUGCAAUGCUCGGUAUUGGGAAUCUUUCUGGCUUCGAUUACCGCGAACUCGAGCAGGCUCGGGCUUCCAAGAUCAGCUGGUACAAUACCCAAUUCUACAAUGGCUGGGGCCUUGCUGAGGAUCCGCGGAUGUAUGCGACUAUGGUUGCACAGGGGUGGUCGCCGCGCCGGCUCGUGUAUGGCCUGUUGACGAACCCGGCCAAUGGAUCGAAGGGCUAUGUGUCCCAGGAGAAGAUAAGCCCUGUGCUGGGAAUGUUGGUCGAGCAGUUUCCAAACUUUGGUGGUGUGAUGGGCUGGGAGUAUUACAAUGCUCUCCCUGGGGGCGAGGCGAAACCGUGGCAGUGGGCUGCUCAGAUGUCAUUGACCAUGGGGAUGAAAGACGUUGUUGCGGCGACUCGCCAGUUAAUGUCGGCUGGGCCGAUGGCGACCAGUCUCAAUAAUCUGUUUCGGGAUAUGUUGAAUCAAGGACGGAGAUCUUGA